CUCUCUACACAUUCUCUCCUUAGAUUCUCCUUCUACCGAUCAUGCCUUCAUUCUCCACCUUGAACCCGGUCCCCGGAUUUCCUGCCUAUAGCGGCCCAUACAAAGUCGGAUCCUUCGAUGUAGAGAUUGCCGCCUCCGAGCUCAACGCCCCAAGCCCGGCGCCGGAUUCGAGCAUAUCCACAGUCGCGUACCGCGUCUUCUACCCUUGCGAGCCUGGAUCCCAUGAGAAACCCGUCCGAUGGAUCCCCAACCCGCAGAGAGGGUACAUGAGCGCUUAUGCGCGCUUCUUGGGCGCGAAUUCGGCAUUCUCCCAGUUGUUUGCGUAUUUCCCCCAGCUGCUCUACUACAUCUCCAUACCCGUCCACCGUAAUGCGCGCCUGCUGGCGCCACCCACAAAGUCCGCAAGAUGGCCGGUCAUGUUCUUCUCGCAUGGACUGGGAGGUUCACGAAAUGCAUACUCGCACAUAGUAGGAUCGCUCUCGAGCCACGGCAUAGUGGUAAUCGCGCCGGACCACCGCGACGGCAGCGCGCCAAUUUCCUACGUUCGCGCAACAGGGAGCUCUGAAGCGAGGGCCGUGGAGUACCGGAGCCUGCCGCACCAGCCUUCAACGGAAACAUUUGAGGGCAGAGACAAGCAGCUCAAUAUCCGCAUGUGGGAGCUUGGCUUGAUACACGAUGCGGUUCUGAGGAUGGACGCGGGCGGGCAUAUUAAGAACUUGGACCCGAACAAGUCCCACCACCACAAGGGCGACUCUGGCAACUUGCUUUCGAUGUUCGUGGACAAGCUCGACGUCCACAGGCCUGGUGGCAUCUCUUGGGCGGGCCACAGUUUUGGCGCCGCAACCACACUGCAGUUUGUGAAAUCAGUGUUCUACCGGCCGUCCCCGGAAGAGCAGCAAAAGGAGGGCUACAGCCCACUGUUCACGCCCCCGAGCGACUCCGCGAUUGUCAAGCAGAUCACCAACUCCUCGCCCGUAGCCCUGUUAGACCUCUGGUGUCUACCAGCACAGAGUCCCAAGACACGCUGGCUUCACGACAAGCCGAUGCCAUGCUACACGGACGGCGGACCAGGCGGCAGCGCGCUCGUCGCCGUGCUCAGCGAGGCAUUCUUCAAGUGGACGUCGCAUCUCGCCGAGACGAGGCGGCUGCUGUCAGAGGACCCGUCGACGGACACGCCGCCGCACGCGCAACCCCCGCCGCGUUUCUUCUACCCGCUACACUCGGCGCACUUGUCGCAGUCUGACUUCGGCAUCCUCUUCCCCUGGGCCACCAAGAAGAUCUUCAAGGCCGAGGAGCCGGAGCGCACGCUCAAGCUCAAUGUCCGUGCUAUUUUGCAGGUGCUGCGUGAGCAGGGCAUCGAGGUCGCGGAGACGAGCCGUAUUGAUAGGGAAGAGGAAGUGGAGGCGGCAGAAGGGAAGAAGCUGGAUGUCGCGACGGAGACGAGUGGGAAAGUCGGUGACUGGAAGAUCUUGGAUACGAGUGGAGGUGUGAGGGGCUGGAUUGCGCUGACGACGGACCAGGACGCUGCGGGUUCGUCAGAGGGUGCAGCGGACAAGGGACCGGCGGAUGCGGUGGUUGAGGGGGAGGUGCUGGGUCAGGUUAUCAGUAGGGAGGAUCAGAAGAUGUAGGUGGGUUGAUUUGUCUGAUUGAUAUUCGGUGGGCUUUAGCGGGCGUUUGGUGCGGGUGGUGUAUUAUAGAUGGGCAUUGCAUACUGCAUGGUUUGGAGUGGCUAGAUACUGGCUCCUCAUCGGCUCUUUGGUUGCUCUUCUCUACUAAAUAAUCUGCGACUUGUUGCCAUAAAAGCCUGAACGAGGAGUUGAUACUUGAAAUGAAAGAUUUGAAAGGUAGCAAGAGC